GAAUAAAGAAUAGCGUCAUCUUCAACGAACGUGGUUGAACAACCGGGAAGGAGGGAGAAACGGAGAUUUUCAAGAACGAUUGGAUUUGGAUCAGUUGAUUGUACUUGGUGGUGUGCAGAAGAUACUAAAUCAUGAUGGGAGACAGUGGAAAGCCCUUUGCUUGCACUGAGAUGGGAUGCAAUCAGCGCUUUGUGAAUGAAGACCACUUGGAAGUGCACAGGCGGAAACAUGAAAUGUCUCUUGGGUUACGCGACUUCAAAUCGUUGGACACGCCCGUUAUUGCAGAUCAAACUCCAACGCCAACUCGCUUCCUGAAGAACUGCGAAGAGGUGGGUCUCUUCAACGAGCCUCACAAUCCGUUUGAUGCGAUGUUCCGAAAGGCAAGCGAACAUGGGGGUCCUGAUUCCAUUGAGACCUCCUCGUCAAAAACCCCGCAAGAGGAAUCACUAGAGAUCGAGUUAACCGACUCCCCCGAUAACACAAUGGAAGAAUCGGCCCAGCAGGCGGUCUCCUCUACGACCACAGAGGACACACACCAGUUGGAAGAGACCAUCGGCACGGAGGAAUUGUCUGAAGAUAACAUGGUCUCAGUGGAGGUGGAGGUAUCUAAUGCCACUCCAACUUCGCAGACGGUCGUGCCCAUCAGCUUGCAUGGAGCUCCAGUUACUGUUAGCGGGAAUACACUGACCAGACUCUCAAACAACUACAGAGGUCAAGCUCUUGGUAUUUGCCAAAGCUUUGCCACACCAAUCCUGCUGCGCUUACCAAAUGGUCAAACUAUCCCGGUUGUACCGCCCUCGGUUGCCAAUCCAUCGGCACCCAUUCCAGUCGCCAUGUCGGCAGUGCCACAGGUCUCUGUGAUGGUCACAAAGCCCGUCGAGGCACCUCCACUGGACUCCAACCUUGUGAAACAGAAACUGAAGAACACCCUCCUGACGUGCCAGUCCCAGGGUAACAUGGGUGUGAUGACACAAGCUGUUGAUGUGGUCACCAGGCAACAGGCUGGAGUGUUGACUCGAGAUUCUCUGGCAUCAUUGGGGGAUCUGCAGGAUCUAUCACCAAACAGCCCUCUCAAUAGUAAGAGGAAACGUCGUAAUUCUGACAUGAGCACAGACGAGAAGAGAGAACGCUUCCUGGAGAGAAAUCGAGCCGCUGCAACGCGGUGCCGGAACAAACGUAAAGUGUGGAUUAACAGUCUGGAGCAGAAAGCGGACGACUUAAACAGCACUAACAACGUACUGAGUUCUGAGGUGACAAAACUACGGGAGGAAGUAGCCCAACUGAAGCAGCUUCUACUGGCCCAUAAUGAUUGCCCGGUCACCAUCAUGCAAAGACAAACUCACGCUAGCAUCCUAGCAGGUGCUGUGCAGAAUCAAUCUGCCAAUGAGGACAUAGCGCAAACCUCCACGUCCAAUCAGCAUCAAGCAGAGGAUGACGGCCAACAGCUCCCAAGGUGACGUGCCCACGACCACGUGAAUCACCCUCAACCCCCCUCAAGAGGGAUUCACCCUUUGGCUGAGCUCUUCGUGACCUUUGACAUCACAUCAUGCAUAGUGUGAAGUUUUUUUUUUAUACAAUGUCAUAGUUAUUUAUACAUAUAAAUAUAUAUAUCAGUAUACAUAAAUAAUUUUUUUUUUAAAGUUCAAUCAAACUAGCAAAUGAUUAGUUUGUAUAUGGCUUACUGAAAAACCAUGUGGAUUUUCAGUCACCCAAAAUCUGUUUAAUUCUUCCCAGAAUUAUUAUUAAGAUAAUUUUUAAAGGACGGGUACAGCAUUGAUCUUUAGAAUCGUUCAAUGCAUUGCAUUUCAAUGGGAAACUCCUGGGGGCAGCAUAUGUGCGUUCUUGGAAAUGUGCGAAGCCCAAGAAUCUAUGAACCAUAAUGAUAACAAUAGUGGGUUCUUAUAAUAAUACAUGUAGUACCCGAAUUCGUCACUCGGUGACACCAUGGAGGAAGGAAGAGAAGGAGCUCGAACAACCUGCAAAACCGCAGAGUAACACAAGAAUACUCUGACAAUG